AUGACAAAUUGGCCUAAUUCUUUGUCAUCAUUACUGCCUCUGAAAACUGUUAUUUUGGCAGAGAAUGCGCAACAUUUUUAUGUGUCCAUGUGGGCAGUUGGAGGUGGUGGUCAAAAGAAUUUAAGUGUGGUUGACGUGAAAGAAGUUGAGAACAAUAUGAGAGCCACAGCUCAUCAUCAUCACAAAAUCGUCGCGUCAUCGUCACCGUCACCACCCAGCGACAUUGAUGGACCAUCGGGUCGGGGCAACGACAGCUACAAGAAGCAAGUAGCAGAAGUACCACCAACAAGACGUCCUAUUCGACGUCGGUUGGCGCAGCCCAAAAAGGACGAAGGAAAAAGUGGAAGGCGCAAGAGUCGAAUCUAUUCGGUUGCUUGGUCGUUUGGUUGGUUGAUCUGGUCUAGCGUUGUCCUCGUUAUCGUCGUGGGUACCGAAAACACCUGUCAAACGGCCGUCGUUUGUUGGGGUUGGACUGUCGGAGAUUGUCCUUAUAAUAAUCAAACCCAUUAUCAUCGGAGUGUCGGUUUCCCAUCCAGUUGGCUGAAAACCUACCGCCGCCCAUCGGGGUCCCUGGAAAACGAAGGAAAGAAGAAAGAGACGAAACACUGCAGUUAUUGGUGCUGUACAAAAAUGCGAGGUAAGCGGGCUACCAAACCAGGUUUCUGGGUCCCAUUCAUAUGGUGUCGAACCUCCCCCGCUGCUGCUCCGCUUUGCAACAGCCGUCAACGAACUGCACCGCAUCCCCAGCCUUUCCUAUCCUAUCAUGUACCCUCGUAA